UUAUUGCACUGAAAAGGUUAAUGAUAAUGUAAAGGAAAAUGUAUCAGUAAACGAAUUCAAGUUUAAAUAGAUAUAUUCUAUCUUAAAAUCUUUCCAGCAGAUUCACAAAAACGACAACUCACGAGAGAGAACGGUUCAAAAGCGGCCAAAUGUGGAGAUGUGAACGCUGCCGGUACCUGAAGACCAGAUAACGCUAUAUGUUCAGCAAAACCUCCUCCAUUCCUUAUCUUAUCAAGCGAAGCCGGCUUGCCAGCCUGUCAACCCCAUGAGCAAAGUGCGCCCCAAGAGGGGUCCUAGACUCUCCCCUACCGAGGAGGCGCCGCCCCUCGUCCUUGAGACCCCAGCGGCGGCGUCCAACGAGGAAAACAAUUCCUCGACGGAGUACACAUCACCUACCUCAUCCUGCUCCUCUGGGACGUCUCUGCAGUCCACGUCGACUAACAUCACGGCGUACUCGGCAUCCUCCGAGAACGACUCGUAUUUCAACCCCUUAACCAACAUGUUCAAACAGUAUCCCUACAGCAUGGACAGUGGUUUCGGCAUCAUGAAUCCCAUGUUCGACGACGCGAGCGAAGUGUGUCGGUUGCCAGACAUACCUCUCGGUGCAAAGCCUUUCAUACCAGCGAGCCAGUCUUUGCCCAUCAUGUCGUCAGGCUACACCGACCUGCUAUCUCCAACGCAGAUGACUUACAGCGUGUGUUCGAGCGCAGGUUCCGAACGAACUAAAAUGUCUGUGAGGAGCCCGGGGAUCUCAACUCCUCCUAACACACCCAUUUCCCCAGCUCUAGAUCCGUCGCAAGGAGCGUGGGUUGCCAGAUGCAACUCCAGCAAUAUUAAAUGCUCAAACACAACUAGUCCGAAUUUAGUCACACCACCCAACACACCACUCUCAAAUCUUCUGAGCCCUUCUAAAGAGGACUCUGAUCAUUCUAGUCAAUACAGCACAUGCAGCGACAGAAACGAUCUUUAUACCCCUGCCAUGGCUGUUGAGGGACAACUUUACAAUAUCCUGGGCCGUCCAGUCGACCUACCAAACAAGAAAUCUCCUGUGGCAGACAGUGUUAGGAUAUCACCUACAGACACAGAGUCGAAGCUGUAUCCUUUUCCAUCAUAUCCCAGCCCGUCGGCUCUGGAUUCAUUUACUGACAGUGAAAAGGUAAUCAAGCACCUCAUUAAACUAGGUAAUGGCAUCUAUGAUGAGGGGUCACAGAAAGGAAAUAUUUAUGGCAGGUCACCCGAGCUAGAGAGGACUUUACCAAAGUCUGAUGACUGGAUUAAUUAUCAGGACAAAACUCAGACUGUAGCGCCCUGCUGGACGCAACCUUCAGACAAAUCAAAAUUAGAGAACCAUUUACAGAGAGAGGGGGACGAAGACAAAACAAGAAAACAGAAUGGCACAACCCCACAGGAAAAAGAUGCUGAAAAGAAUUCAAACUUGAAGUCAGGCUCAGAGAAGGAACAAAUUCGUGAUCCAUCUCCAACAGAGGAGGAGGUUAAGUCACCAGAGGAAGGUGAUGAAGAUGGAGCGAACAAACGUGAUUCACUCUUUGCAGAUCUAGAAGUCCCGAUGAUUGAUGAAGAUACUGACAACGGAAUGCUUGAUACACCGACAGCGUCUGUUUCUGACAGAUCGUCGUCCUCAGGGAAGAAGAAAACUGGCCUCUUAGAGGAAGAAGCCGAGGAAUUAGCUGAACAACUCUGCGACAUAACAAACGAGGCUGGAAGACUACUAACUAAGGAACUGAAGCAGGGAAUAUCUUACCUGACAAAACCCGAGGACACCGUAGGUUAUUCCUGGAUAGACACACUGGCCGUGUUUAUUUCCAUCGGCUUGUUUUAUUUUGAUGUGGCUUCUGAUUGUAGCUUGGCUUAUAACAUGUAUUAUGACCGUGAUACUAAGAACUGGUUCACGAUCACCGCACUUUUCCUUAUAAUACCUCUCAUCCUUGCCAAUGCCUUCAGCCUGUACUGGUAUUGGUUCGACGAGAGGGUGUGUGAGCCACAUGGGGCAUGCUACCGCCACCCUAAAGUUCCAAGCCAUGUGUGGGUGUUCCGAGUCCUGGCUCACCUGCUCCUGCAUGGAAGCAUCCUCAGGCAAAUGGAUAUUUUGUAUUACGGGUCCAAGAGUACUGAAGAGACGAUGGUGAAAGAAGCUGUUGUGGACGAAGUCAUGGCAGAAGCUCUCAACGCUCAACUAGAAGAUGGAGCCAAGAAGAAUCGAGGGCCUAGCAAGCAGAGGGGCUUUGAAAAGUGCACUCGCAGAACUGGAGGCGUCUGCUCUAGAGGGGGCUACGUAGCACUCUGGAUUCAUGCAGAGAGAGAUGCUGCUAACGUGGACAUGCUCCUUUCUCUCGUGCAGGACGCACCACAGCUAAUUCUGCACUUCUACAUCCUGGCCCUUACUCUUCCCGGUCAAGUCCAGCAGGGUCAAUUUAGUCAAACACUCGUCUGGCAAAUAACAAAGGAAGGGUUCUCCUUCAUGUCUCUGGCAUGGUCGGUGACCUCCUUCAUCAGGGCCAUCAGACUUGUUGAGCCAACUAUGAGCAAUUUAAGCCUGAUUGACCUCCUCUGGCUGACCUUAGCCCACUUGUUCUCCAUAGCUGGACAGGUUAUGAGCUUUGCCCUGUUUGCCUCCAAGUUUCUGCUGCCAUUCUGGGUGGUUGCUGGUUCACACUGGAUGGUUAUGGCCAUCUGGAUUCUUGUACAGCUUUCGUGUUUCCCCCGAACUACGUGCACAAGGGCUGUCUUCGCCCACGAUCAAAGGUAUGGGCCAUGCAGUAAGCUGGAUGAUAUCAUCUACAGCAUCAUCAUGGGCUUCGUUUUCCUGUUCACAUUCGUCGAUGUUGGAGGCAUUUCCCCAAGGACACAGUUCUUCUUCUACCACGUUUUUAGGUUGUUGGAGCAAACUAUCUUAGUUGUUAUUUGGUUCGUCUGGGUGAACGGGUCAGCUUGGUACCACUGGCUAGCCAUCAUCUUGGUUCCAGUCUUUUCCAUCCUGAACAUCUUCUUCGACGCCAUCUUCUGCGCCUCCACCAGGCCGGUCACUUGCCUCCUCCUGUGCAAGGCGCCGAAGCCUCUGUGAGGUAUAUAAGUCUAGUUUGGAAGAGAAUGACGAAGGACUGUAAUGGUACAAGUUUGAGAUGAAGGAAUUUAAGACUCAGGCGAUGCAGGAAACGUGAUGUGAGAGAUAAAAUAGAGGAAAGACUGAAAACUGGGAGUGAGAGGGAGUAGAUUUUAAGAAUAAAAAUCAAGGGAAAGCAUUCUUUCAACUCUUUUCCUGACGAAUUUCACUCCAGUUUGGCAACCUAGGCCUAAUGAAAGAACUGUUCAGAUAUACAAUGAAUGUUUACACCUGCUGUAACCAGUGGGUGUGAGAGCAGACCCAAGAUCAAUAAGUUUUUGGUUGUUAUGUUAUUUUGCUUAGGUCAUUCUAUAACAAUUACAGAAGAGAAUUAGACAGGAAAGAUCCAAGAUAAAAGACUAUCUCAUCUUCAUCCCGCCAGGAGAAUCUCAACAAGACAAGUUCACAGGAAACAAGAGGCCACUUAGCUGUUUGUGACGGGUUGCAAAAACCUCGAAAAUAAUAAUAUUUUGAUGUGGUAUAUCCUUCAAGGCCAAGAGAGAGGAGGUCUCCUCACUUUCCCCCCAAAUCCCGCAACCAAUCAGGAGUUGGUUGGGUCAAGGGAAAUAUGUCUGGA